UGUUUUCAUUUAGUUUUGAAUUAUUAUCGCUAUCGUACGUAUGUAUUUACAUACGUAUAAGUACGGUACGAUACGGUGGUAGUGAAUUGGUUAUUUAUUAAUUUUUUUGUUUGUGCCUAGGCCAGUUUUUAGUCGAAUUAUGAUGCUCAAAUUGAUGCUUUGGCUAGCUGGUCUUUUAGGCAUAACCAAUGCCAGGUCCGUGCUUAAAGAAACGGAAGAAAAGACUCCCUUUACUCUCGACGAGUUUUUUUAUGGAGAUUUUGUGGCCUCAUCAUGGAAUGGAACUUGGAUUACAGAAAACACCUUUAUCUACAAACACCACGGUGACUUCUACCAAUUUAGCGUAACCACCAAGGAGUCCACACCCUUCCUUAAUGGAUCGAUUUUGGAUCCGUAUCCUUCUGCGGCAAUGUCCGUCUCCCCCGACCAAAGUUAUCUUGCGCUGAGAUACCAAGUUUCUUCGGUAUUUAGGCACUCACAGACAGCUGUAUAUGCCAUCUACGAUAUUACUAAAGAGGAGUACUAUGACAUAAACGACAAAAAGCCCGUGCAACUAGCAAAAUUUGACCCAAUAGGACACAGUUUCGUUUACGUAUACAACAACAACAUAUACUACUUAUCAAGUUUUUCAAAUACCUCGGACGUUAUCCAGAUUACUUCUGAUGGAGUAGAAGGGGUGAUUUACAAUGGUGUUCCCGAUUGGGUAUACGAAGAGGAAGUGAUGGGCAGUGGGUCAGCCAUAUGGUUUUCACCUGACGGUAAAAAACUCGUUUAUGCCAAAUUUAAUGACACAAAAGUGGAGGAAUUUAACUAUUUUUUAUAUGGUACCCCUGGCAGUUUGGACGAUCAGUAUCCCACGACAGCAUCUAUAAAAUACCCUAAGGUGGGCACAAACAAUACUGUUGUGGAAACUUUCGUGUACGAUAUAGAGACUAAUAGAACCACCAAGUUUAAUCUUAUUGAUAAAAUCAAAUGGACUGAGGAAAAUAACGAUUAUAUUUUAUAUGAUGUAACAUGGAUUUCCGAUUCUGACAUUGUCAUGAUUUCUACUAACAGGGUGCAAAACGAAUCUGUGAUAAUCAAGUGUAAUUUAGAUGGAAAUUGUGUUGAGGAAGUAUCCUACUCACAACCGGGAGGUUGGCUUACACCGCACAUCCCGAAAUACAACGAAGAUGCCACCAAAAGACUGGAAAUUCUACCGCAAUCUUAUGAAACCGAUCAAUUUAACCAUCUGGUCUUGACGGAUGUUUUCGGACAUAAUCAGAAGAGACUGACGUAUGGUAAUAGAGAGGUUACGACUAUUUAUGGAUGGGAUAAAAUCAAUAAUUUAGUUUACUAUGCAUCGACGCUAAACGACACCCCCUCGCAACUCCACAUCUCCGUGGUGAACACAGAAACGACCGAAGACAGAUGCCUCACGUGCAAUUGGAAGGUGGAUAAUGAAACUUGCAAACGCACCUCGGCAUCUUUCAAUAAAAACUUUUCGCAUUUUAUUAAAACCUGCACCGGACCGAAUCCGUAUUACGUGGUGGUGCAGAGCUUGACUGACGAAACAGACUUUUAUUUAUGGACUAAUAACGCUUGGCUCAGAGAAGACCUUGGCAAAAAACUCCGGCCGACGAUCAAAGACCUUAAGGUUAAACUGGAGAGCAACUUUGAGGCGAGAGUGCGCAUGCUUUUACCGCCAAAUUUGAAUGAGAGUAACGUGUAUCCUGCCAUUGUACAUGUUUAUGCUGGUCCUGGCACCAAUCAAAUUUCUGAUGCUUAUUCUUCGGGGGUGAGCAACUAUUUCGUAACCAACCGUAAUUACAUUUACAUUUACAUUGAUGGUAGGGGCAGCGGUAAAGAUGGAUUUAAUAAAAUGUUCCAAAUCUAUAGGAAAAUGGGUACUGUGGAGAUUGAGGAUCAGAUCGCGGUCACUAAAUACCUUCAAGAAACUUACACGUACAUCGACAAAAAUAAAACCGGAAUCUGGGGUUGGAGUUACGGAGGGUUCGCCUCCACUUGGGCCUUAGUCAAAGACACUGAAAACGUCUUUAAAUUCGCUUUGGCUGUCGCUCCAGUAACUAGCUUCAUUUAUUAUGAUACAAUUUACUCCGAGAGAUUCAUGGGUCUGCCGACCGAAGAGGACAAUCUGGGGGGUUAUAACAAUACAGAUAUAACCAGACAUGUGAGAAGUUUAAGAGGAAAACUUUACUACAUCAUUCAUGGUAAUGCUGACGAUAACGUGCAUUAUCAACAGGCUUUGGUGUUGCUGAAAGCGUUGGAGCAUGCCGAUAUCGCUUUUUGGCAACAGAGUUAUCCAGAUGAGAAUCAUAGCUUGAGUGGAGUUUAUCCUCAUCUGUAUCAUACCAUUGAUAGUUUCUUUGCUCGAGCCUUUGGCAAGAAACUUCCUGGGUUAGCUGUUUGGUGAAAAGCAAUGAUAUUGUUUAUUAAGUGUAUAAAUGCAUUUGUUCAGUAUUUUAUUAGGGUUUUAGCUACUAAAUAGAUUAAAGUGUUCAUUUUUCUUUUGA